UAUAUUAUUGGGUUCUCUCUAUUAGCUAUCUUGCAAAACAGAGAAGAGGAAGCUAUCAACAACUACAACAAGCAAAAAAGAAGCACUAAUACAAGAAAGAAAAAAGGGAAAAAUCUUGGAGCCCACUGAACCAUUGUCAAGGUUGGCUAAGAAAUGGCGAGCGUGCUAGCAGGCGUCGACCGAGAUCUGAACUACAAGGAGACUGAGCUGUGUCUGGGAUUGCCUGGUGGUGGAAAUUCUGAGUUGGAGACCACCACACCAAAGGCUACUGGGAAAAGAGGAUUUGCAGAGACUGUUGAUUUGAAGCUUAAUAUUCAGGCUAAGGAUGGUAUCAUGGAUCUGAAUGAUAAGAUCAAGAAUGUUUCAAAGGAUCAGAACCAGCUUUCUGCUGCUACCGUCAAGGACCCGGCCAAGCCACCAGCCAAGGCACAAGUUGUGGGUUGGCCACCAGUUAGAUCUUUCAGAAAGAACAUUAUGGCUCAAAAGACCACCACUGAGGAAGCUGAGAAAGCGAGCGGCAGCAGUGCAGCAUUUGUGAAGGUUUGCAUGGAUGGUGCACCUUAUCUUCGUAAGGUAGACCUGAAAAUUUACAAAAGCUACCAGGAGCUAUCUGAGGCCUUGGCCAAAAUGUUCAGUUCCUUCACUGUGGGUAAUUAUGGAGCCCAAGGACUGAUAGAUUUCAUGAACGGAAGCAAGCUGAUGGAUCUUCUCAACAGCUCUGAGUAUGUGCCAACCUAUGAAGAUAAGGAUGGUGACUGGAUGCUCGUGGGCGACGUUCCAUGGGAGAUGUUUGUUGAUUCAUGCAAGCGCUUACGCAUCAUGAAAGGAUCUGAAGCUAUUGGACUUGCACCAAAAGCUAUGGAGAAAUGCAAGAGCAGAAGCUGAAAUGAAAGCACCGGUGCUAGGUUCAUCUAUAGUUAGACGACAAGGGCACUUGUGCAAGCAAAACCAAAAUGGUGUUUCUUUGGAUGUGUGCAUGAUGAAUGUGUAUGUUAUUUUUAAUUUGAUGGUAUAUAGCAAUAUAAAAGACUUAGACAUUUGUAAUAGACAAGAAGCAAUAAACUUAACCCCCUAAUGUCUGGCUUGUUUAUUACUAAUAGCUUGCUUAAUGCUUAUUAUCUUGGUUAUUGUUUGUUGUUGUAAUGGUCUUCAUACAUAGUUGUUAAAUGCUUAUAUGUAUUAUUUUCUUUUUCAUCA